UCCCUCCUCGCUCGCUCAUUUAGUCGAGCACGAGCAUCCAUCGGUCGGGCCGCGGAGUGAGCGAGUGUGUUGCCGGCGCCGCCGUUUUCAAGGACUUGUGUUGUGCUUUGUUCGGACCAAGCCGGCGCCGCGUCCGCCGAUUUGUGUGCUGUUCUCUUUUCGGAUUAAACAAAUUCUCUUUCGUGGUGUUCCGCGACCCCGGGACAACUCCUGACCCGCCACCUGAAGCAAAAUCAAGAUUGACACAAUGGACGAGCAUUGUUCGGUGAGCUGAGGCGGACAGUGAUCGCGGCCCGAAUGGCGCGCACGCCGUGGUCGGUGCGUGGCGCCAGGGCUUUGCUGGCGGCCGCCCUGUUGGUGCUCUCGCACCAGGUGCUAGGCGACAACCAACUCCCCUUCGACCUCGACGGCCCGUCAGAGGGACCACCGCAGUCUGACGGGCCCGAGCUGCGUUUCAGCAACUCCUACUACAAUGUGAGCAUACCGGAGAACCCGGUGGGCAAAGUGUACGUGACACCCACCGAGAAAAUGGGCGUUUUCAAAGUGCCCGGUUUCGAUGUGAAGUACAAGAUCGUCGAUGGCGACAAGGACAAGUUCUUCAAGGCCGAGGAGCGAGAAGUGGGCGACUUCUGCUUUCUCUUGCUUCGCGCGCGGACUGGCACGAGAGACGUGCUAAACAGGGAGAGGAAGGACAAGUACACCCUCAGGGUGAAAGCGUUGGCGCGACGGUCCUCGAGGGAGCCAUUGACGUUCGACUACUCUGAUAUCAGCUCUCAAAGCGAGCUGCAAGCGGAAGUGCAAGUACAGGUGACAGUGCUGGACACAAACGAUCUCAAUCCGCUCUUCUAUCCGACCGACUACGAGCAGACCGUUCUCGAGGACACUCCCCUGCACAAGAGCAUAUUGCGUGUGCAUGCCGAUGACGCCGACACUGGCCUCAACGGUGAAAUUUACUACAGUUUCCUCGAGAGCACGCAGCAGUUCGCGAUUCACCCGGUAACCGGCAUCGUUACCUUGACAAGGCCGCUUCGCUACAACAAGAAAGCUACUCACAACCUGACUGUGCUUGCAAGAGACAGGAGCACCCUUCUUUUCCGUCCGGGAAAGAGUAAUCCGAGUACGGCGAGGCUCAAAAUCCACGUGCGCCAAGUCAACCUGCAUAAUCCUGAAAUUAUGGUGCAUAGUCUGCCAGAAGUGUUCGAGCAGUCUACCAACGCCCGCACUUUCGCAAUUGUCAAGGUCAAGGAUCGUGACGAGGGUGUCCACGGAGAAAUCGAGUCGCUGGAAAUCGUGGACGGAGAUCCAGAUGGUCAUUUCAGGGUGCGUGAAACUGAAGUUAAAAACGAAUAUAGAAUCGAGUUGAUCGGACUUCUAGACCGUGAGCGUUCGCCAAAGGGUUACAACCUGACUCUGAAGGCGUCCGACAAAGGUGUUCCGCAAAAACACAUAUACAAGGCAGUACCAGUGCACAUCUCAGACAUCAAUGACAACUCACCUAUUUUUAGCAAGGAAAUCUACGAAGUGGACGUUUCUGAAUCAGCUCCGAUUAACUAUCAGAUCAUAAGGCUUAAGGUUGAUGAUAUUGACCAAGGCAAGAACGCAAAAGUCGUGCUGCAGAUCGUAGGAGGAAACGAGGGUGGCGAAUUCAGCAUCAACCCUAAAACUGGAGUGUUGUACACUGCCAAGCUGUUGGACACGGAGAAAAAAUCUUCGUAUGCGUUGACAGUGUCGGCCAUUGACAGUGGAAGAUCAGGAGUGCGUAAGCAGUCGUCGGCCAAGGUGAAAAUUAACAUCCAGGACAUGAAUGACAACGAUCCUUUAUUUGAAAGCAACGACAUUGUGUACGAAAUGAAUGAAAAUGAGCCAGCUGGUUCAUCGGUGACAAAAGUGCAAGCUCGGGACAAGGAUUUGGGUGAAAAUUCCUACAUUUCCUACAGCAUCGUCAACCUUGACCCGGUUCCUUUCGAGAUUGACCACUUCUCAGGCGUGGUUAGGACAACCCAAGUUCUUGAUUAUGAGUCGAUGCGUCGCGAUUACUCCCUGCGCAUUCGGGCGUCCGACUGGGGUCAGCCCUUCAGACGGCAAACCGAGAUGCAGCUCAGAAUAACAGUCAAGGACAUCAACGACAACAGACCACAAUUCGAAAAGGUCGCUUGCAAAGGGCGCGUUUCUCGUUCUCUGCCGAUUGGCAGUGAAAUUAUCACGUUCUCAGCAAUCGACUUUGACGCCGGUAACAUCAUCAGCUACCGCAUUGUGGCAGGCAACGAAGACAACUGCUUCGCAAUGGAUCAGACUUCAGGAACACUAGUCGUAACCUGCGACCUGUCUGACCUGAGAACGGAUGAGCGCAUCGUAAACGUUACUGCCACGGAUGGUCUCAACUUUGCCGAUGUCACCUUCGUUCGCAUGCAAUUAGUUAAUUCCAAACGAACACAUCAAUUUGUAAGUGACGCAGAUGCCGCUUUUGAUUGCAUGGACACUGGAGUGGCGCGGAGGUUGACUGAAGUGCUAGCUUCUGCAGAGAAAAACAACGGUGAAGAGCAGGGUGAAAUUUUCGCCAUGAUGCCCAGCCGUUAUGGAGACAACGUUCAUUCGCCAGAGUUCCUGAAUUUCCCACCAGAGAUCCGCAUUAACGAGUCGAUUGCUUUGAACACUGUAAUUGCUGUCCUCCAAGCCAGAGAUCGUGACCUUGGUUACAACGGGAAGAUGAUAUUUGGGAUCUCAAAUGGUGACAGCGACUCUGCGUUCAACCUCAAUCUUGAAACUGGUGAACUGCGAGUGGUCGGUUAUUUAGACAGAGAGCAGGAGUCUGAGUAUUAUCUGAACGUGACAGUUUACGACCUGGGCAAGCCUCAGAAGAGUGCGUCCAGGGUGCUGCCCAUCACAAUUCUCGACAUAAAUGACAAUGCACCGAAGUUUUCAAAGAACGUGGCCAGCUUCAAAGUGUCCGAGAACGCGAAAAACGGAACUCGUAUCAUGACCAUGAACGCCACGGACAUUGACGAGGGCGAAAACGCGAGGGUAGUUUACAGUUUGGAGACUGACACAAAGGACUUUGUGAUUCAUCCUGUCAGUGGUGCCAUCACGGUGGCUGGAAAGUUGGACAGGGAGCGGCAGAGCAUGUACGAGCUCAAAAUUCGGGCCAGUGACAGUUCAAAGACUCGGCCGCUUAGUUCCUUUGCGCUUGUGCGGGUGGUGGUGGACGAUGUCAACGACAAUGCCCCUAAGUUCUCCAUCGACCACUAUGCAAUCAAAGUGCGGGAGGACAUCCCUACCGAGACUGUAAUUGCCGCUAUCAACGCUGUUGACCCUGACCUUGGAAAAGGAGGAGUGGUGACAUACUCGUUUGUGCAUGGACCGGACACUUCUUCCUCCUUCAGCAUCGACAAUGCCACGGGAACUCUGCGGUUGACGCAGCCUCUGGACUUUGAGCAGCGACAACUGCACUCGUUGGUGAUCCGCGCGAGUGACUGGGGUACACCGUCGCUCUCCUCGGAGGUGACAGUGGAGGUGGAAGUGGUUGAUGUGAACGAGAAUCUGUACCCGCCGCAGUUCAGUGAUUUCGUCGUGUCGGUCGCCGUGGCCGAAAACCAGCCACCCGGCACUCAUGUGGCCCGGGUGCUGGCCACAGACAAGGAUGCGCCCGGCGACGACAGCAGGAUCAGCUACUCGAUCAGAGGCGGCGACGGCGUUGGACUUUUCGCAAUCGACAAUCAAGGAAACAUUUCGACGCUGGCCGUGCUGGAUCGCGAGAGCAAAAAGAGCUACUGGCUGACCGUGUUCGCACAGGACCACGGCGUGGUGCCGCUGCACUCGAGGAUCGAGGUGUACGUGGAAGUGCUGAACGUGAACGACAACACGCCGCUGACCCUGCAGCCGGUUUACUACCCGAGCAUCGCUGAAAACUCGCCGGCGGGACAGGAAGUGUUGACUCUGGAGGCGCGCGAUGACGACUUGGAAGACAGGCCGCAGCCGCUGCUGUUCCGCAUCACCGCCGGCAAUGCCGGCAGCUUCUUCACCAUCGAUAACGGCACCAUUCGCACGACAGAACGUAAAUUGGACCGGGAAAAUCAGGCUGAGCACAUUUUAGAGGUGACCGUCAGCGAUCAGGGCACACCGCCGCUGUUCUCCACGACCCGCGUGGUGGUGAAGGUUGAGGACGAGAACGACCACGCCCCGCAGUUCAGGGAAAAGUACAUCAAGGUCAAAAUUCCGGCGCUCACUGAGAGCAGCGUAUUCCAGAAUGACGACACAGAGGGCACUGUAGAUAUCGCAGUGGUUGAUAAAUAUCUUGAGGAGGGACCAUGGGAAUCUUACUCUCCAGACUCCUUGGUCGGAGAUAACAUACUGAGGGUGCUUGCCUACGACGGCGACGCUGGAAAAAAUGGAGCGAUCGAAUACAGCAUCAAGUCCGGCAAGGGCAAAGGCAAAUUUAGAAUUCACCCGCAGACAGGCGAGAUUUACGUCGAGCGCAGCCUGCAAGCCGGACAGGAAUUCGAUCUAUGGGUCAGGGCGACGGACCACGGUCACCCGCGCCGCAGCCAGACGCAGCAGGUUCAUCUGCAGGUAGUGAAGGUGCCAGAGGAGUCGGCCAACCCCCCGUCGGUGCGCACCGUCAGCCAGCAGGUGACGGUGACUGAAAGUGACAAGCCCAGCUUCCUGGUCGGAUCCAUCGAGGCGGAAGAUAAGGAUGGAGACCAUUUGUGGUACCAAAUCAUCGAUGGGAACGACAGAAAUGAGUUUUUCAUCGGUCGGUGCGAGGGGAACAUUCUGCUCGCCAAACAGCUCGAUUGGGAGACGCAGAAAGAAUACAAGCUCAACAUUAGCAUCACGGAUGGAGUUCACAUGACUUACGCUCAGAUGUUGGUGACCGUUUUGGACAUGAACGACCACCGUCCGCAGUUUUUGGAGUCCGUCUAUAACAUCGAAAUCUCGGAAAACAUGGAGGUAGGCACGAAAAUCCUGCAGCUGAGCGCCACAGACCUAGACGAAGACAAGAGGGUCUUCUUCAGCCUGCACACAGCCCGCUGCAACGCGUCCCUGCGGAUUUUCAAAAUCGACUCAGUCUCGGGUGUAGUUUCCCUCAGCGAGAAGCUGGACAGGGAGACGAUCGACGAGCACCUCCUGGUCGUGAUGGUCAAGGACCAAGGAACGCCGGCCAAGAGAAACUAUGCGCAGAUCAGAGUAAUGGUUCACGACCACAACGACCACGCUCCCGUCUUCAGCGAAGGUCUUCUCCAGGCCAAGGUGUUCGAAACGGCCGGAAUCGGAUCGAGGGUGGCGGAAGUGUCAGCAAUCGAUAUGGACAAGGGGGAAAACGCUAAAAUCUCCUACGCUAUCACCUCUGGCAAUGUUGGCAAUGCUUUUUCCAUGGACCAAGAAACAGGGGCUAUCAUGGUGGCUAGAGACCUGGACAUGAACUCCAACAAGGAAUACAUGCUGACGAUCAAAGCCUCUGAUGGAGGCUCUCCAUCGCUCUCUUCAACCCUGCGUGUUCAUAUCAUGGUUACCAUGGCCGACAAUGCUCCACCAAAGUUUUUGAAAAAAGACUACGCUGCUGAGAUUUUCGAGAACCUGCCACGAGGCACUUUCGUGAUUCAUCUGAACGCUAGAAGCACUUCUAGUUUGAUUUUCGAGAUUGUAGACGGAAACGCGAACGACAUGUUCUUCGUUAAUCCCAGCACCGGCAUCGUCGUGACCAAGAAGCCCCUCGACUACGAAAAGAACAAAUUCUACAAUAUCACGGUCGAGGCAACCAAUAUGGCUGGCGUUAAAGCUUACUGCCAAGUGACGGUGCACGUUCUGGACCAAAACGACAAUGCGCCCGUGUUCACACAAAACCUGUUCGUUGGCUCUGUGAGCGAGACGGCCGAGAUCGGUGCCCUGGUGCUGACCAACAACAGUAGCCCCUUGGUGAUCAAGGCGUCGGAUCGCGACUCUGAAAUGAACGCGCAGCUGCAUUACGACAUCGUGGAAGCGGUGCCCAGGUACUUUUUCCGCGUCGACCCCAGCACCGGCGCCAUCAGGACGGUCAGGGCGUUCGACUACGAGCAGAUGCAGCAUUUCACCUUCCACGUGCGCGUGUCGGACCUCGGCAAACCGCGGCUCUCCUCUGAAGGCAUGGCCGAGGUACGCAUUGCCGUGCUGGACGUCAACGACUGCCCGCCGGUGUUUGAGGAGUCCACCUACAACGCCACAUUGCUCCUCCCCACCUACCAGGAUGUUGCCGUCCUCAGGAUCAAAGCCACCGAUCCGGAUUCUGCUGAAAAGACGUCCCUCAGAUACGACAUCAUCGAGGGCAACACUGGCAACGCAUUCGCCGUUGGAGAAAACAACGGCAUAAUUACUGUGGCGAAAACGACCAACAUGCUGCCUUUCUACAAACUCCACUUGCGAGUGUCCGACGGCACCUUCAGCACAGUCGCGCACGUCAAUGUCCGUGUAGGCGAGUCCGAGAACUCGGGACUGGCGUUCCAGAAACCAAUUUACGAAGGCUCGAUCACUGAAAACUCAACGAAAAUCACAGACGUGGCCGUCGUCAACGUCCUGGGAAGCGCUCUCAACGAGCACCUGGUGUUCAAAAUCCUCAAUCCCACGGACAUGUUUUCGAUCGGGCCUACGUCAGGUGCAAUCAAAACGACUGGAAAGAGGUUUGAUCGAGAAGAAAAGGACAAUUACGAGUUGAUUGUUGAGGCUAGAAGCGAUGAAAACCGAGCUGAUCGUCCUCGAGUCGCGCAUGUCAUUGUGAAUGUAACGAUUUUCGACAUGAACGACAAUUGCCCGAUGUUUGUCAACCUCCCAUACUAUGCUGUCGUUCCUGUUGAUGCUACAAAAGGAUCAAGUGUUUACAAGGUCCAAGCAGUGGACAUGGACAAAGACGAAAAUGGCAAGGUGCGCUAUGAGCUGCACAAAGGCCACGGCGAACUCUUCAAUGUCAACCGAGCAACAGGAGAAAUCACUUUGAAACAAAAUCUGGAGGGCCACAACAGAGAAUACGAACUCAUAAUCGGAGCUUACGACAAUGGAAUCACACCUUGUUCUACUGAAGUGCCUCUGCAUAUAAAAGUGAUUGACCACUCCAUGCCUGUGUUUGACAAGCAAUUUUACACAGACACUGUUCUGGAAAACAUUGAAGUGUUGUCGCCUUUAAGCCUCAACAUCCAAGCCGAGUCGCCCAUGGGCCGAAAGCUCAUUUACACCAUCGAAAAAGGCAAUGAUUUUGAGGAGUUUGCUCUUGACUUCAACACUGCCCCUGACACUAGCAAUGGUCCCUGUGCUAUUUACGUUGUGGAUGAGCUUGAUUACGAGCACAAAAAACAAUACGAAUUGACAAUCAGAGCGACGGACAGCGUGUCUGGCGUGUACGCCGAGGUCAUCGCUAGCAUUCGAGUGGAGGAUGUUAACGAUUGCGCGCCGGAGUUCACUCAAGACUCGUAUAACAUCUCCGUGUCGGAGGCAGCUCCGUUUGGAACGUCGAUCCUGAAGGUCAUCAGCAGGGACAAUGACACCGGCAUAAAUCAAAAGAUAACAUACAAAAUUAAGAAGGACUCUGAAAACUCGACGGACUACUUCCACAUCGAUGCCGAGGACGGCUCGAUCUACCUGAAGCGCUCGCUGGACCACGAGCAGCACAAGGCGCACCACUUCAUCGUGGUUGCCACCGACUCGGGUAUUCCGCGUCUCUCCACCACGGCGCACGUGUGGGUCACGGUGGUCGACAUGAACGACAACCCGCCGCGCUUUGAGCAGCCGUCCUACUCGUGCAUCCUGUCUGAGCAGGCGCAGCGACUGCAAUUUGUCACGGUGGUCACGGCAAGUGACCCAGACUCGAUCGACCAGGAGCGUCUCACCUACUCAAUUGUCGGCGGCAAUGAGCAGCAGAUCUUCCACAUGGACCACCGCUCCGGCGUCAUCUCGCUGAUCAACAUGCAGAACUUCGCGCAGCAGCCGGCCUACCACCUCAACGUCUCCAUCACGGACGGCGUCUACACCAGCUUCGCGCGUGUCAAGAUCGACGUCAUUUCAGCCAACAGGCACAAUCCGGUGUUCACGAAACUUAUUUACGAGGAGAAGACCCUCGAGAACCAGGUGGCUGGAAUGCCGGCAGGCCAGGUCACUGCCACUGAUAAAGAUAGGAAUGAGUUUGGAACCGUCAAGUACAGCAUUCCCUCUAAACUGAUGAGCGACACUUUCGAGAUCAAUCCAGUAACAGGUGAUAUUUUUACCAAGAAACCUCUGGAUAGAGAGGAAAUCAAAUCCUACGAAAUCCCGGUGAUGGCCACGGACGGCGGUGGCCGCUCUUCCUUCGCCCAGGUCAGGGUUAGGGUUGUUGAUGAAAACGACAAUCCACCCGCAUUUUUGCUCAGAGAAGCCAGAGCCUGCAUUUUUAGCAACUUCACUAUUGGCUCGCCUAUUUUGAAGGUGAAAGCGUUGGAUAAAGACGAAGGGUCUGCUGCUGAGGUUGAAUACUCAAUUUAUGAGACUGCCAAUACUCCUGUUGCCGAGCUUUUUACCGUGCAUAGACACACGGGAGAAAUUUCCCUGCUCAAGAGUGUCAUAGGAAAAGAAAACGAAGUCUUCCAGUUCUUUGUCAGAGCUACUGACAAAGGAACGCCUAGUCUAAAUUCUGAUCUCAGUGUGGAAGUGUUCAUAAUGAACCCACAAGAUGUGCCUCCAGCCUUCGAAAGACGCGACGACAAGUUCUUCAUCUCAGAAUACUCGCAGCCAGGUUUGGUCAUUUCAACCGUGAAAAUGCUAACAAGUGCGCCGGUCAAGUUCCGCAUCAUCUCAAUGGACGGCACUGAAGAUCCGCAACCUCUGUUCAACAUCGCACCCAGCGGCUUGUUGACCGUGGCUGGAAGCCUGGACAGAGAGACAAAAGACACCUACGUGGUCACCGUGCUGGCCGAAACAGAGGACAGUCCUCCCCUCUCAGUCGUUUCGGACGUCACCAUCAAAAUUCUCGAUGAGAAUGAUAAUGUUCCUAAGUUCGAAAGCAAUCCUUACACUAUGGAAUUAGCUGAGAACAUUGAAGAGGGCACCUCCAUCUUGAGAGUGAUUGCUCACGACGCGGAUCAGAGCAAAAACAAAGAAAUCCGUUACUCGUUCAACACGGACAUUGGCGACCUGGCGAAUGUGUUCACCAUGGACCCCUUUUCCGGCUGGAUCACCACGCUCACCCCUCUGGACAUGGAGAAGCAAUCAGAUUACAAAUUCCAGGUUGUCGCCACGGACAAUGGCAACAACAAGCAUUUUGCACUCACUCAGGUGCACAUCAAAAUCAAGGACUACAACGACAACCCUCCUGUAUUCUCAGAGAGCCACUAUGAUGCAGCAGUCAAUGAAGAUGCCCUUCCGGGAACGGUCAUCAAGACCCUGCAGACCAGCGACCUGGACUCUGACGUGUCGGCGGUUCAGUACUACAUCACUGGAGGAGAUCCCAGGUCAGAGUUUUCUAUCAGGAGCACUGGAGAGGUGUUUGUCAGCAAGUUCUUGGACCGAGAGUCCAUUCCAAGAUACGUCUUGGACAUUGUCGCCACCGACGGCGAGCACAUUGCCAAGACGAAGCUUUCGAUUGAAAUCUUGGAUGCAAAUGACAAUCCUCCCUACUGUCUGAGGCACCGAUACAAGAAGUUCCUGUCAGAAGGAACACAGCCAGGCACAUUCAUAAUGACGAUUUUGGCCAAUGACAUUGACGAGGAGCCAAACGCCCACUUACGGUUCUAUCUCACUGGUGACGGUGCGGACAAAUUUUACUUAGACAAGUCUCUGGGCCACCUGAAGACCAACAGGCUCCUAGACCGAGAAGAGCAGCCGAAAUACAAUCUCGAGGCGCACGUCCAGGAGCAAGACAAGCCCGGCUUUGAGUGUUCCUCUCUCAUCGAGAUUUACGUUUCGGACCUGAACGACAACCCUCCCAUUUUCUCCACAAAGGUUUAUUCAGUGAAUCUCCCUGAGGACACCGAGGUCGGCACCCUGGUAACAAAGGUUCACGCCACGGACAGAGACAUCGGGUUCAACCGAAAGAUUAAGUACGCCCUGCUUGACUCCGCGAAGGGCCAUUUCAAAAUGGCUGGCGACAGCGGCAUCAUCACCCUGGCCAAGCCAUUGGACCGCGAGCAGAGGGCCAUUUUCAAUCUAACGGUGCAGGCAAACGACCAGGGCACUCCGCCUCUCUCGUCCACUGCAGUCGUCAAGGUGGUUGUUCUGGACAUCAACGACAAUCCGCCCGAGUUUGUCUCCAAGAACUACUACGCCAAGGUGCAGGAGAUUGCACCGAUUGGCUCCGAGAUUGUGCGGGUGCUCGCCACCUCCAAGGACACUGGGGUCAACGCAGAAAUUUCGUACUCGCUUGUCGGCGGAAACGAGCACAAGAAGUUCAGCAUGGAUGCUAAAACUGGUACCUUGAUUGUGUCGGACCACUUGGACUACGAAAGGGCCAAAGAUUACUUCCUGACGGUCCAGGCGAUAGACGGAGGAAAUCCGCCCUUGAGCAACUACGCCACCAUCAACAUCACAAUCACGGACAGCAACGACAACGCUCCAAUCUUCAACCAAGUGUCUUACAGUGCCAGAAUCAGGGAGGACGCGCAGGUCGCAGACAAAAUCCUGCAAGUGGUGGCAAACGACUUGGAUAGCGGAGUCAACGGAGAAGUGAGCUACUCGAUCGAAAAUGGAGACAGACUGGGCCAGUUCAUGAUGGACAAAAAGACCGGUUACAUUUCUGUCGCCAGCCAACUUGAUCGAGAAAUGAUCUCAAACUAUGUGCUGGAGGUGCUGGCCAAGGACCACGGUUCAAUCCGGCUAAGCAGCACGGUAAUGGUCAACAUCGACAUCUCCGACGCCAACGACAAUCCUCCACUCUUCUCUCAGAUGAACUACUCUGCUUUUAUCCACGAGGAUCGACCACCUGGGCACAGUCUGCUCAAAUUCAUUGUCACCGACGCAGACGACCGGCCAAACGGGGCACCAUAUACGUUUGAAUUCCGUUCAGGAAACGCAGACAACAAUUUCAUGCUGCAGCAGGACGGCAUCCUGAGAACAGCGGCCAAAUUUAGCCACAAAGUCAAGGACAGCUACUUGCUGCACAUCCGCGUCUAUGACAACGGCGUGUCUCCCCUAUACUCUGACACGAACGUCACUGUGAAAGUGAUCGAAGAGUCGCAAUAUCCGCCGGUGAUCACGCCCCUGGACAUCUGGGUCAACUCGUUCCAGGACCAAUUCCCUGGUGGCCGCUUGGGCAGGGUGUUCGCCACGGACCAGGAUCAGUACGACAAAUUGGGCUUUGGUCUUGCACCGUCGCUCAGCGUUCCCAACCCGAACGAUCUGUUCGAGAUCGAUUCGACCGAUGGCAUCAUCUCGGCCUUGCCUGGUUUGGACGCGGGCUUGUACCACGUCAAUGUCACCGUUACCGACGGGAAGUUCUCGUCCUACAUCUUGCUCAAAAUCAACGUCGAGCCCAUUUCUAAUGAGGUUUUGCAACAAGCAGUGAUUAUUCGAUUCCUGGACGUGACUCCAGAGGACUUCCUGUACAGCUACCGCAAAAACUUUGUCAAGGCCAUCAGGUCGACCCUUAGGGUGCAGCCAAAGGACGUGAUGAUCCUCAGCCUCCAGCCCACGGCCCCGUUGUCCAAGCAGAAGGGAAGCCGCGUGAAGCGAGCUCCCAAGGGACUUGACGUGAUCCUGGCAGUCAGAUCUCCAGUUGGUAUUCUUCUGCAGGCCAAGGAGGUGCACAGGACUCUGAACAGCAACAUCGACGACCUGGAAGAGGCCACGGGCCUCAGCAUUGGCGAAAUUAUUUUCAAGAAGUGCGCCCCCUCCUUCUGCAAGUACGGCGAGUGCACAGACAAGAUUGUGUUUGACAAGACGCAGAUCAUUUCGAUCAACACCGAGCUCAGCAGCUUUGUCGCUCCCGCCUAUCAACACAAGGCCAUUUGCCAGUGCAAGGAAGGAUAUGAUGGAGAUCGUUGUGACAAAAUCGUCAACGAGUGCGCACGGGAACCUUGUCCAUCUUUCAAGGUUUGCGUUCCUGACGCGUCUCCUCAAGGUUUCUCCUGCCAGUGUCCUGAGGGCUUGGCCGGGGCCACCUGCAAAAUCGACAUCUCCAAGUGCCAUGACGAGGCUUGCUACAUCCCUCGCAACCCUGUUUCCUUCAGCGGCAAGAGCUACGCUCAGUACAGAAUGGACAAAAACCAGGUGAAGAAGGCUCUCUUGGACAGACUGAACCUGUCCCUGCGCAUCAGGACCAUGCAGCCUGCCGGCACUCUCAUGUACGCCGCCGGCAAGGUUGACUACAAUAUUUUGGAGUUGGUGAACGGCGUGGUGCAAUUCCGCUUCGACCUGGGAAGCGGUGAAGGGCUGGUGCGCGUGAGCAGCAUCUACAUCAGCGACAGCCAGUGGCACGAAAUCCACCUGGUGCGGGACAGCAACAACGCGCGCCUGACGAUCGACGGCAAGCACGUGGCGCACGGCUCAGCGCCCGGCAUCAACGACGUGCUCAACCUGCAGAGCGACGAUUUGUACUUUGGCGCCGAGGUGCGCCAGCACCCGUCCAUCCUGGGCUUUGAGGACGUGCAGCGCGGCUUCUCCGGCUGCAUGGACGACAUUCGCAUCGACGGCGUCACGCUGCCGCUGCACAUGAGCGGCGCCAGCCUCGUUGCCACCCUCAAACGCUUCACCAACGUCGAGUUCCACUGUGAACAGGUUCUGUUGCCGGCGGGCGUGUGCGGUUCGCAGCCGUGCCAGAACGGCGGCACGUGCAAGGAGGUGGGCAACACAUACAAGUGCGCCUGCCACGCGCGUUUCACAGGCAACAGUUGCGAGGUGGACCUGGACCCUUGCGCAUCGAACCCGUGCCUGCACGGCGGACGCUGCCUGACCACCGAGCGUAGCGAGUACUUCUGCGAGUGCCUGCCGCGGCUGAGCGGCAAGCGCUGCGAGUACGGCCACUACUGCAAUCCCAAUCCGUGCCGCAACAGCGGCGUGUGCGAGGAGGGCGAUGCGGCACCCAUCUGUAAGUGCAAGGGCUUCACCGGCGAGCUGUGCAACGUGGAUUUGGACGAGUGUGCUCAAGCGCCCUGCCUCAAUGGUGCCACAUGUAUCAACGAGAUUGGGUCUUACAAGUGUCUCUGCCCGCCAAACGCAACUGGCCACCUUUGCGGUCAAAUUUUGUACAACACGCCAAUCACGAGUGGCCAGUACAUGGAGGAAUUAUUCAUGAUCGGAGGGCUCCUGUUCGUUAUCUUUGUGCUAGUCAUGCUGUUUGUGUGCUUCCGCCGCUGCAGCGUUCGACGGAGCAAUAAGAGGAGCAGCAACAUCAAUAACGAAACAAGAAAGGACAUCGUGCUCAACUCCAACCGCAGCUGCGAUGUCGACUUUAAGAGGAGCUCCAAACUGAGCAAUCUCGAAAUGAGUCAGGUUCCUCCACAGUGUCCUCCGCGGCCGGUGUCUUACACGCCAAGCACCAACAACGAAAACACCGCCGUAGCAUUCGCCGCGGCGCUGAACAACCUGGACACGUCCCGCAACUACGGCUCGGCCGGCGACGAGUUGGAGAACAUUCCUCCCAGCUACCUGCGGAACCUGAACAGAAACGUUCAGGCCAUCCCGACACUGCCGCCUGUUCCGCCUUCAAACCCGGCCAGCGACACUGACAGUUUGCACAAGCCAUGGAACGAGUCGGACCUCAACAUCCCGUCCUCGACGGCCGUCUCCAUAAACGCCGCCACUUACGCUGAGCCCAACAAGAUCAGAAACAACAACGUGCGACGCGUGCCCGACGUGCCCGUGAAAGGGGGCCCCGGGAUGCUGUACAGCCGGCCGCAGAGGGCCAUGACUGGCGCCUCGGCCUCCUCACUCAGUUCCCUCGAGGACGACCCUCGCAUGCUCGGGGGUUACCACUGGGACUGUUCCGAUUGGAACCAGACGCAGAAUCCACUGCCCAACAUCACCGAGGUGCCCGGCAGUGAGGUGCCUGACACCUCCAGUUUCCACAGCAAUGAGAGUAACGAAAGCCACUCGAUUACGCACGGCUCCUUAGUCAGAGCAGUGCCGUUGGACGAGUGCCGGCGGGAGGCGGACGGUGAGGAAAACGGCUACACGAUCGACUCGGAGGGCGGCGCCGACUUCGGCGAACUGGCGCCGAGCUCGUGCCUGCAGAAGCUGCUCGAGUCUCCGAUGCUGGAGGUGAACGACGUGGCCGACGACUACCCGUACCGCGGCAAGGAGGGCUACCGCAGCCACCUGAACCAGUACCUGCCGAAGCCGUCGUACGCUGUGAGCGAGUCGGAGAAUGAGGAGGCGCUGAUUCCGCUCCGGUGCAGCCGGCUGCAGCGGGCGGCCAGCGACGACUCGCACGACGGCGUCGUCCCCUACGGCUUCCCCAAGGGCAGCCAGAUCCGGCUUGACCCGGACGGCUCCAUCAUCACUGGCAUCGAGAGCACCGGCGGCUACACCAGCGCCAGCGACGUCUGCGACAUCGACGACUCCGAGUUCGAGUCGGAGCCGAACAAGCAGCGCGUCUCCAAGAAGUACGCGUGGCCUGACGUCACGCACACGCAGGUCUGACCCCCCGCUGCCGCCGGACUUUCUCCGAAAAGCCAUGCACAAUACAACCGCAGCUGUGAUGUUAAAUUAUAGAAGUUAGGGAUGUGCCAAAAUUUUCGAAUUAAUAAAUAAUCGACAAGACCAAUUUGAUUAUAAAAAACUAUUUAAUUUAAUUUUAAAUGGAUAAAAGCAGGAUGCAUGAAAGAAAAAUUUCUUCUGAAAUCAUAGGAAAAUGAAGGAAUAAUUGAUUAUAAAAUUGUGUCAAGAAUGCUCCAAACUUAUUACGAGCUAGAUAAAAUUAUAAAUUAUGCACAUCCCUAACAUUAGUUGAUUUAGCGUGCGUGAAAUUCGUUAGGACACGUUGAGAAUGCGGUGCCAUCGUCAAAAGCGAACUAAUGGAAAAUUUGAGAUACUUAAUGAAUGGCAACUGCAGUUCGCGAUUUCCUAUCGCUCUUCCUAUCUCUCAAAGUUUCUAACAAAAAAAUAAAAAUUAAAGAAAGUCUCAAAUUUUCUGCACGGUCACUCCAAGGUGGAUUUUAAUCUUUGCUUUGUAAGAAAAUUGGCCACUUAAGCUUGUUGAAUUGUUUAUUUAAUGAGGAAGUGACACUUUUGAACUUAACUUGCCACCAGAAGAGGGAAUAUUUUCCAUAAGACUGCUAUUUUAUAUGAAAAACGGAAACGGAGAGAAAAUUAUAAUAAAAUUGUUGUAAAAAUACGAUAAUAUAUGAGACGGAUGCGAAUAAAUCAUAACUAUAUAUCUCCCUCAUGUGCCUCCUGCACUUUUUCUAAGCGAAAAGUUGUAUAUUUUAGUUUGAAUACGUAUCACCUUGAUCAUCAUCACGCGCAGCUUGACAAAUACCCUCUGUAAAAUUCUCUAAAUGCUCAAAAAAGUCUUUGAUUUUCGUCCGCCAGCUGAACAAAAAUUAAAAAAAUAAACAAAUUUGAUCUCACGAAGUCAGUCAGGAUCGAAUUUCGACAAUAUGCUGCCGUUCACAAUAAAAAAAUCUUGAUUCUCUUCACAUAUCAAGAAAAAGGUUUUCCCGCGGCUCCUUCCACCUUCAGUAUUUGUGCUGCAAAUCAGUCAUUAAUUUAAAAAUUGUGUUGUUGAUUAUUAAUUGAUUAACGUGAAAAGAGGAAAGAGAAUGCUGCCAUAGGUUAAAAAUUUAAAUUUAUAAUCCCAUCUGUGAACUACGUUGGAGCAGCUGCCGAAUUUUUAAUUUUGUACAUUAUUUAUCUGGUGCAAUUGAAGAACGCGUGUUUUGCCGGGAGAGAUUGUUUGAGCACAUUUGAGAGAAACGAACGCAGAAUACUUUUAUAAAUACCGAUUAUGAGCUGUAAUAAGAUGAAAGAAAAAUGGAUUAUUUGUAAUAUAUGCAGUGUUAACUGAUAAGAAUAAAUGAUUGUAUUUUUAAUGGA